AUGAAGACCGCAUUACAGACUUCUGCACUCCUUGCAGCUAUAAACACUGCACUUGCUGCGCCAGCCUCUGUCGGAGAGACGUUCAGUGUCAAGGCAAAAUACAACCAGGAUUUCAAGCCGGAUACGACAGUAGAGUUGGUUCGCACGGCGCUGCGCUACGGAAAGCUGGCAUCCAGAGACGUUGCCCGGAUCCUUGAGCGCCGGCAGGACACCAACGGGACCGUCGUUGCUUCCCCCCCGUACAAGUUUGAUAGAGAGUACCUCGCAGAGAUUGAAGUUGGCACGCCGCCUCAAAAGUUGCUCUUGGACUUUGACACGGGUUCCAGCGAUUUGUGGGUGUUCAGCACCGAGACCCCAUCUGCCCAGUCCACGGGCCAUACGUCGUGGAAUGUCACGGCCAGCUCUACAGCCAAGAAGCUGGACAAGUACACAUGGAGCAUUGCCUAUGGAGACAAGAGCACCUCCAGUGGCGACGUGUACACUGAUAUAGUGCGAAUAGGCGGUGCUGAAAUCCAGAACCAGGCGGUAGAGUCUGCCCUCCAAGUCUCGCAGCAGUUCACGCUGGACACGGCCAGCUCUGGUCUACUGGGACUUGCGUACGACAAGGGCAACACGGUGUCGCCAACGAAGCAAAAGACGUGGUUUUCCAACAUCUUGCCUCGGCUGAAGGAGCCGCUGUUCACCGUGAGACUCAGACACCAGGCUGAUGGGUCAUACAACUUUGGAUACAUUGACAAGGCACAAUACACUGGCGAUAUUACUUACACGCCUGCUUUUACGGAUGAUUUGGGCCACCGUCUGUUCAAAGCCAGCGGCUACCAAGUCGGCAGUGGCAGCUUCGAGAAGCUCAGCAUCACGGGGACCGCGGACACUGGCUCCACGGCGGUCUAUCUUCCGAAUAGCGUGUCCGAUGCGUACUGGUCUGGGGUGAAAGGCGUCACGACCCAGGGCGGCUUCCUCGACUCGAAGGCCUACAAUUUCCCCUGCGAUGCCAAGCUGCCCGACUUUACGUUUGGCAUCGAGGACGCCAAGUUUACUAUCCCGGGCGAGUUUAUCAACUACGCGCCCACUGCGGAAGGCUCGACUAUCUGCCAGGGCGGAAUUUUGGGCAUCGGCACCAUCCCUGAGUGGCUGGGUGGGAUUAGCAUCUUUGGCGAUGUUGCUCUCAAGGCUUCGUUUGUCGUCUAUGAUGAUGGCAAAAACCGCCUUGGCUGGGCUAAGGGGGCUUGA